AUGGGCUUGCCGAGGGAGAUCGCCUUUGUUGCCUUGGUCAGCUGCGCCCAGCUCUUCACCCAGGCAGGACUUGGACAGUCAAUUGCUCCAUUGCACAUCAUAGGAGAGAGCUUUGGCAACCUUACCCCAGGACAGCUGAGCUGGUUCCCCGCUGCCUACAGUUUGACCGUGGGAACGUUCAUCCUAAUCGCUGGCCGCCUCGGAGACAUGUACGGACACAAGUUGCUUUUUGGGAUUGGCUGGGCAUGGUUCAGCCUGUGGUCCCUGAUCUCCGGCCUCACGGUUUAUUCGCAUUCGCAAAUCUUCUUCGAUGUCUGCCGUGCUCUUCAGGGCAUCGGCCCUGCCAUCCUUCUUCCGACGUCGCUGGCUAUUCUGGGCAGGACCUACCCGCCGGGUCGGAGAAAGGAAAUGGUGUUUGCCAUCUUCGGAGCGACGGCCCCCAAUGGAUUUACUCUCGGUGCUGUUUUUUCGUCUCUCGUCGCUCAGUUCGCAUCCUGGCCUUGGGCGUACUACCUGACGGCGAUUGCUUGCGCCGCCGCCGCUCUCCUCACCAUCCCAAUCAUUCCCAACGAAACCCACGAUGAUUCGGCAAGCUCUAUUGGCAAGCAGUCGUUCGAUUAUCUCGGAGCCGCCACUGGAGUCGUGGGUCUUGUUCUUUUCAAUGUCGCCUGGAACCAGGCACCCAACGUUGGAUGGCAAAACCCGUAUGUCAUUGUUCUCCUGAUCUUGGGAGUGAUCUUCUUCGUGGCAUUCGUCCUCAUCGAGAAGAAGGUGCAGCAACCUUUGGUUCCAGUCAGCGGGUUUGACGCUCAAGUUGGUUUCGUGUUGGCAUGUAUGGCGUUUGGUUGGGCCAGCUUCGGCAUCUGGCUGUAUUACGCCUGGCAGCUGGCGGAGGUCGUCCGUGGAAACUCACCCCUCAACACUACCGCCCAAUUCACGCCCACUUGCGUCGCCGGUAUCGCAGCCGCGUUGACCGUCGGUUUUCUGCUCAGCCGCGUCCGCACGUCUUGGAUCAUGUUUGGCGCCAUGGUGGCCUUUUGCGCGGGGAACAUUAUUCUCGUGACAUUGCCUCGCGAGCAACUUUACUGGAAGCAACUUUUCUGGGCCAUGGUGAUUACUCCUUUCGGUAUGGACAUGAGUUUUCCUGCUGCGACCAUCAUUCUUAGCAAUCAUGUCCCGAAACGCCACCAGGGUAUCGCGGCCUCACUCGUCACCACCGUCGUCAACUACUCCAUCUCGUGGGGUCUCGGUAUCGCUGGCACCGUCGAAGUGCACGUUAACAAUGGUGGCGCUGACGUGUUGCUUGGCUACCGUGGAGCUUGGUAUUCGGCCAUCGGUCUAGCCAGCUGUGGCAUUGUGCUUUCUUUGCUAUUUGUGGCGAGUAGCUACCGCAAAGGAAAGGAUUAA